AUGCAUCAGGUCAGAAUUUUGCUAGAUAGUGGGUCACAGAUUUCAGCCAUUACAACAGAUUGUGCUACUAGACUUGGUCUUAAACGUAACAAGAGCCAUGUAGAAGUGGUUGGCCUCUCUCAACAACCGGUGUCCAAGGUAAAAGGGGUCACUCAGUGUGAUUUUUUCCCUCUUCAGUCAGAGCAACCACGUUUUAAGGCAAAUAAUGUUAUAAUAUUGUCCCAAAUUACUGGAUCAAUGCCAACCUGUUCACUUCCUGCCACUGUUCGCACACGGUAUCAACACUUAGUACUAGCUGACCCGGAAUUUGAUCAGCCUGGUACCGUGGACAUGUUGAUAGGUGGUGAUUUAUAUCCGAUGGUUUUACAAUCCAAAGCUGACAUUAUCCAUACUCCUGGAUUACCAUCAGCAAUGCACACUAACCUUGGGUGGAUAAUUGUUGGUUCAAUAAAGGAUUCCACUGCAUUACCUCUUAUGUCAUUAACCAUUAGUACAGUACCAGUCCUGAAUGAAACUCUGCAACGAUUUUGGAACUGUUCCAGUACACUCGACCACCGAAGACGAACGAUGCGAGGAGUGGUUCUGUAA